UUCUAUGUAAACAAACACACACUGGGCAUGCGUCACUGCAAUAAUGGAGGACUGUCUUUUCCAGCCGGACUGAUGAUGUCUGUAUUUCUACUCUUUUAUCCGUGAACUUGGAAAAAAACAACUCCUCUGCAUUUCAGCGUGUAGUUGAGGUCAAAGCAACAAUCUCAAGAUGACCACAGACACGCCAGCCCAAAGUGUGGGCUCCAGGAUCAUGACGUUCACCCCCUCCAAAGAAGAGUUCAAGAACUUUGGCCGGUAUAUUGCCUAUAUGGAGUCUCAAGGAGCACACAGAGCUGGAAUGGCAAAGGUUAUUCCACCUAAAGGCUGGAAACCGAGAAAGACCUAUGAUGACAUCGAUGAUCUGGUGAUUCCAGCUCCCAUUCAGCAGGUGGUGACCGGCCAGUCAGGACUGUUCACACAAUACAACAUCCAGAAGAAGCCGAUGACUGUCCAUGACUUCCGCAAGACAUCAAAUUUGGACAAGUUCUGCAGUCCACGAUAUGUGGAUUUUGAUGAGCUGGAGAGGAAGUUUUGGAAAAACUUGACUUUUAAUCCCCCACUUUACGGGGCUGAUGUCAGUGGAACACUAUAUGAUCCAGAUGUGACUGAAUGGAACGUCGGCCAUCUCAACACCAUCCUGGACAUUGUAGAGAACGAAAGUGGCAUCAAGAUCAAAGGAGUCAACACACCAUACCUGUAUUUUGGGAUGUGGAAGAGUGCCUUUGCAUGGCACACAGAGGACAUGGAUCUGUACAGCAUCAACUAUCUGCACUUUGGAGAGCCAAAAUCCUGGUAUGUUGUCCCACCGGAGCAUGGGAAAAGACUAGAACGACUCGCCAAAGGUUUCUUUCCAGGGAAUGCUCAAAGCUGUGAAGCCUUCUUGCGCCACAAAAUGACUUUAAUUUCACCCUCAAUCCUGAAAAAAUAUGGCAUACCAUUCGAGAAGGUCACUCAGGAAGCUGGACAGUUCAUUGUGACGUUUCCAUUUGGCUAUCACGCUGGUUUCAACCAUGGCUUCAACUGUGCCGAGUCCACCAACUUUGCCACUCAGCGAUGGAUUGAUUACGGCAAACAGGCAACACUGUGUUCGUGCCGUCAGGACAUGGUGAAAAUCUCCAUGGAUGUGUUUGUACGCAAGUUUCAGCCCGACCGUUACAAAUUAUGGAAGGCCGGGAAAGACACUGCUCCCAUUGAUCACUCCAAACCCACACCGGAGGCUGCAGAAUUCCUGAAAGAAGAAAAGAUCGAGCCUAAAACAGAGACUCCCAGUGAAGCUGGAUGUGAGGAGCCCACUGCUCCUGUCCAGGAGGACAAAAGCCCGAAGCUUGAGACUGGUACGAAGCGUCAACUUGAAGCUGUUGAAGCUGCUGAAGAUGUCAAACCUGAGGUGACAAUGAAGGAAACUGAUAAGGUGGAGCCAAAGAAUGUCAAGUUGUUACGCAAGGAGUCUCCAACUAAAGUCACCGCCAAGCCAGAUAAAGAAACAGUGAAAGUCAAACCAGAGCCGAAGAAGGAGAAGGACAUCAAGCCACAGUCCAAAUCUCAGUCCAAAGCAAGUACCAAGAAAACUUCAAACAGACGAAGUCCUUCAAAGAAAGAGAGGAACGGCAUGUCUGCCGUUGACGUCUUUCCUCCUGAACCUGUGGAGAACCAGGUGGUGGCUCCAAGCUCUGAGGACACUGGAGGCAGUGAGGAGCCUCAGCUGAGCAGCAGCUGCAGUCCAGCACAAAAACUGUUUCAGAGGACAUUGAGCCCUGCAGACGUCCUGCACGUCCACAGCUACGCCAAAGGAGACUACGGAGAAGGGGAGGUUCUGCCCAAGGAGGAGAAGAAGAUUGAGGGGAGUGACAAUGAGAUGGAGAAAGACAACAGUCAUCUUAACAAACCACAGGUGGCAGAGGUGGUGGCUGGAGAUGAAGAGCAGGAGAAUGAUCUGGGGCAGCUGCCAGGCCACCAUCCGCUCAUAAAGGACGGCAUGAGUGAUGAAGAAGCUCCAAACGAGGCUACUCCAGUAGAGGAGGGUGGUCUGGAAGGGGAAAACUGGGCUAAACCUCUGACUCACCUGUGGCAGAGCAGACCUCCCAACCUGAAGAAGGAGAGGGAGUACAACCAGCGCAUCGGCUCCAAACCUCCAUACUGCUCCAUCUGCCUGCUCUUUCACACGUACCAGCAGACUGAAUGUGCGAACAAUGUAGACACUCCUGUCAUGGUGGCCGGCGGACGCAUGCGGACCAAACCUCUGAUCCCAGAGAUGUGCUUCACCACCACGACAGAAGAAGACUCAGAGUGCGAGGAGCAGCCCACCACCCCUCAUCUGGAGGAAGAUGGAACCAGCCUUCUCAUCAGCUGCUCCCAGUGCAGCAUUCGUGUUCACACCACCUGUUACGGUGUGGAUCCAGCCAGUGUGAGCAAAGAGUGGAAAUGUGCACGCUGUAAGGCCAACGCCAUGACUGAGAACUGCUGCCUGUGUUCGUUGAGGGGCGGCGCCUUGCAGAAAGCCAACAACAACAAGUGGGUCCAUGUGUUGUGUGCAGUUGCUGUGCAGGAGGCACGUUUUGUCAACAUCACUGAAAGAAGUCCUGUGGAUUUAAGUGGGAUCCCUCUGCAGAGAUUUAAGCUGAAAUGUUACUACUGUAAGAAGCGGAUGAAGAAGGCGUCUGGCUGCUGUGUCCAGUGUUCUCAUGGCCGCUGUCCCACUGCCUACCAUCCCACCUGUGCCCAAGCUGCUGGAGUACUGAUGCAGCCAGAUGAAUGGCCCUUUGUGGUCCACGUUACCUGCUGUCGACACAAAGGUCCCACUCAGAUUGAGCGCAAUAAAGCAGCCAUGCAUGAGCUAACCGUAGGACAGAAGGUCAUAUGUAAGCACAAGAAUGGCCGCUACUACCAGUGUGACGUGGUGCAGCUGUCUAAAGAGACAUUCUACGAAGUCAACUUUGACGAUGGUUCCUUCAGCGAUAAUCUGUUCCCCGAAGACAUUGUGAGCCGAGACUGUGCUCAGCUUGGACCCCCACCGCAGGGAGAAGUGGUUCAGGUGCGAUGGACCGACGGUCUGGUGUACGGGGCCAAAUUUGUGGCAGCUCAUGUCAUUCAAAUGUAUCUGGUAGAGUUUGAGGAUGGGUCUCAACUAACAACCAAGAGAGAUGAUGUCUACACUUUGGAUGAGGAACUCCCAAAAAGAGUCAAGUCCAGACUGUCCAAAGCGUCAGACAUGAGAUUUGACGGGAUCUUUGAAGAAAGGGAGAUCAUCCAGGAGUCGAAGCGACAGAGGGUGAUCAACUCCCGUUACAGGGGCGACUACAUUGAACCUGUGAUCUACAGAGCCAUCAUGGAGUAAACCCCGGCUGUCUGCCCGCCCAUCCACACUCACACCAGCAGCACUGACAGACUGAACUGUGCUCACUGUUACCUUACCUUAGCAGCUAGCCACAGUGAGAGUGUAGCUCCACAGGACUUCCUUCAGGACCCGCUUCGGACUGUUCUCUUUUUUACUUCUCCUUCAUCCACCUUUGUUUGCUUUGUUUGUUUGACUGCGAUGUAGGAAACUGCAGUAUUUUAGUUUUUCCACAGGACUCCACAGCUGCACCUAACAGAAGGAAGCAAUAUUAAAAUGUUCAAGUAGCAUUUUGACAUUAAGACACCAAUAAAAAAAUGACAGGUUCGGUGUUAAAUUUUACAGAAAUCAUUUCAAUCAAUUCUGCUACUCAAGUAAUCUUGAGUUUUUAGGAUAUUAUCGGCUUCAUUUUAUUUCUGCCGUUAGUGCCUAUGAUUUGGAGCCUGGCAGGUAGCAAAGAUAAACAAUGAAACAUGGAAUUAUUCUACUUACUGUUUGAAUUUGUUCCCAAAGCAUACACACUUACCUUAUUCAUUUGAAGGUAUAUUUACUGCCUUACUAAGUUAAAAUCCCAGAUUAAAAUCACAGCUAAUCAGCAUUCUUAUCAAUUUAGUGACAAAUACUCAAUGCGAGUUCCCAAAGCUUAACUUGGCGUAUUCACAUUUUUAAAUGAAGAGCUGGGUGCUAGAAUAGGAUAAACAGAAAUUUUCUGUUUACCAAACUGACUAAACAGUUAAAAUGUAAUGUUUGUCCUGAUAUCUGCCAGGUUCCAUUUUCUAACGAGGCUAGACUGGAAUUCUGACACACUAAUUUAACACAUUUAACUUUAGCUAUCAAUAUGCACCACAAGCCAGGGUCACAACGUUAACAGAAUGUAGAAGUGGUGCAGCGUCUCUUAAAGUCCAGCUCCAGUUUAUGCUUCUCAUGUAUCAACACAGAGGAAAUGAUCAGUGUCUCUAAGUGAUUAUUAAACAGUGAUGUUUUAAAAGUCUAAGGGUUGUUGAGAAAGUCUUAAGUCUUCUGUCUGGACUUCAUGCUCACCACCAAAUCAUCUCGAUUACAUUAGGGAACUGAAGAACAGAUAUCACCUGGUUCGUUGAAUUAUAAAUAACAUUAAAAAAAAAAUGCUUUAUUUAAAAUUGCUCUUCAGUGAUCAACCUCACAAAAUCGAAUAUUUCACACAGCAAAAAAUCUGUAGUUUUCCCCAGAAAAUAACCUGCCGUCUCUAAAAUGUGUUUGUAGCUUAUAUGGAGCUUCGCUGAUACACUGCAGUUGGAGCAUUGUGGGAAGCAUUUAUUCAGAGUCCUGCUGUUCCAGAAAGUUGCUCCCGGCCUGUGCUAGCAUUUGAAAAUUAAUCACUUGACAGUCAUUGACAUCUCUAAUCAGGACACAGCACAAACUGAGAUUGGAAGCUUGAGGACAUAAGACCAGUUGAUAAUUAGUCCUGGUCAGAUGAGCCUGAUCCAUGAUCCAUGACCCAGACCUACAUAUUUAAUUUUAAUUUCAUUCAUAGCUGUUAGCAUACCAGGCUAAAGCAGCUAAGUCUUGUCUGUUUGCAACACUUGAAUGAUUUGCACAGUCAGAGAAAUAAACUACCCGAUAAAUCACAUUUAAAAAUAACCAAACAACAAUUAAAAACAAAAAAACUUAUUUCCAGAUGUUUAAAAAAAACAGCUCACUAAAACAUGUUUUCCUGGCAUGAGUUGUUGGAAUCUAUUGACAGUUUGACUCUUCACAGGUGCACAUUAGAUUAUAAAAUGGCACUGCUAUUUUCUGUUAAAGGAAUACUUUUACCACGUAGCUACUUGCCUCUGGUAGUCCAGAAUGAUGCAGUGUUUGUGCUUCAGAACUGCCUAUUCUUCAAACACUGAAGUUACAGGGAGAUUAUUUUUAGCAGCAAAACCACCUCAGGGUUUUUCGGUUUUGCAGAUCCAAUUUGUGUACCAAUGCCUAAUCCAACCUGUUUUUGAUAACUCUAAAAGAAACUUUAAGAUUUUUGAAAAUUUUUUCAAGAUUUUAGCCAGAUUUGUGCCCAAUUUUUAAAAAGUUGCCCAAAAACGUUACCAAAACCGCAUCAUCUGACAUUAGAAAAAUGUCGAGAAAUAAACAAGAUCACAAAUCUGACAGCUUUUGGUUCUUGAUCCAAAGGUUUUUCCUGCAUAGAGGAACUUCUAGCACCCCUGUAGUGAGGUGUUAGCCAGGACCAUGAGAAAAUCACCAGUGCCUAAAUGGAAAAAGACUAAUUUUUAACCAGUUUUGUUAAUUGGGUUUUCAUCCACUCAGCAUAACAGACUUUUUUUUUUCUAUGAAAUGGUGAGAAGAAGAACAAAUACAUAGAUUAAAUUCAAAUAACACAGAUUUACUACGUACCUUUAUUGAAUGCAGACUGAUUUUUGUGUAGCCACGCAUUUUAAUGAGGAUUGUUUGAGCAUGGAAUUCAUUUGUGACUUCACCCCCAAUAUGAUAGAAUAAUCUUGUAUAAGAUCAACUUACAAACUUUUCUCUUGGCUUUAAGUUGUAGUUUGAAGCACAUUUCAGUUGAAUUCUUCAGUUUUACACAGAAAAAAAACGCAUAGAAUGGUUUAGUACUAAGUUGGCACGAGCAAUUUACCGUAUUUUAAAGUUUUUGAAAAACAAUUCUCUAUAACUUCAGUGUCUGCAAAAUCACAGCACACACAUUAAGGACAAAUGUUUCUGCAGAUGGAUGAAGUAUUUCUUUGUGGGACCAGUGCCAUUUUACCCUCUGAUGACAGCUCAUCUUUUACUAAGAACUGCAUUCCUUCAUGUAGUAGAUGAGAAAAUAGCUUUUACAUGUUGACAUGUUUUUACCAGCCUAUUUAUUAUGGUGCUUUGAGAGAGAAACCUCUGCGAUGAGUUUGCAGUAAUUCUGCAGAGGUUGUUGAUGUAUGUUCUAUUUUUUCUACAGUAUAUAGAUGAAUUUUAAAGAGUCCAUUCAGAUUUUUAACGCGCUUCGUCUCGCCAGCUGUUUCCUCGCUCUCCUACUGAAAACUGUGUAUUGCACUUUUAUUUAAGUCCAGUUUGCGAGGAUGUUUGAAUAGUUGCCAUUGAUGAAAUGUUUUAGAAUGUUAAUUGUACAUUGAUAAAAUGUCUUAUGGAUUGUGCCGCCCUCCCUUAUCGAUCACACUGCACCUGUCACCGCGACGAGGUGGCCUUCAUCUGCCUGUGAACUUGUUCAGCUAGUUUUAUAGUUAGCUGUUGGCAGGUCAGACACUCUUUCAUCGGUCCAGCAGAGAAGGAAUUUAUUUUAUCGAUAAGCAGAGUUCUACAUGGGAAGGGGCCUUUUCUAUUCUAUUUUGUUGUGUUGUUUUGUAAAACCUGUUCCAUGUAUUUUCACAGGAGCCUGUGAAGUGUAAAUGUCAUGUAGUCUAUUUUAAGAUGUUACCUGUUGACCUGGGAGACGAGCUGUCCGUUCUCGUUGUCUCCCCUGCAGAAAAAUAAAUAAACAAACUUACAGAUUAUCAUUCAAGCAUUUUGUAAAAUUUCUGUGUUUGUUUCAGUAAAUAAUUUUGCUUAA